UUUAGGUGACAGGGAGAGCAGAGACUGAAGAGUCUUUGGCUUUUUGUUGUGCAGGUUAAUUGGUCUGCGGAGGCUGAGGAGGAAACUCCAGUGGCACAGUGAAGACUGUAGCCAUGGCAUCUAUGUCCUACCGGAAGCCAACAUCUGCCAAUGUGGGAAAACGGAUGAUUUUUACAGGUCCAGAUUACAUAAAGGACCAUUUACCUAAAAUUCACCAGCACACUUCCUACAUAGGAGAAAAGCGUCCGGUGUUAGAAAAAACUGGAGAUCUCAGGUAUUUAUGGAGGCCGGCCCCAGACAGAAGCAUGCCAGCAAAAUACAAACAUGAGUAUGUCGGUGGAAUUGGCUGGGGAGUGCAAGAGUAUAAUUUCAUCAACAAAUCGAGGCUUGCGAGCGGCUUUCAUGUCAAGGGUGGAGAAGAAAGUCUUGCUGCUCUUAGUAAAGUAACCCACAGAUUUCAAAACCCAUGGCAACCAAAACCUCAUAUCCUGGAUAUGCAAGGAAAAUAUAGUCGCGCUUUUAUGGCCUGGCAUACGGAUAAUUACGAGGAAACCACUCAGAGAAAUUCCAAAUGGGCCGUUCUUGUUAGGCAGAGUAAGUCACCAUCAGUAAGACCUUGCGAACAAUCUAAGCUACCAAAGAAGGAAAAGGUAAGAUUUUUUUGCUUUUCUGAAUCGUCACGGAAAAAAUUCAGGUUGUUUUAACAUUAGAGUGUUUUU